AUGAGCGUGCUCUCUAUCUGGGCGGGCUGGUUUUCUGUCUUGGGCUUCCUCAAGCUCUUCUCUCUACUCUCCCGCGACCGCUUUGAAUACCUGGUCACCUACAAGCCCAGCACGCCGCUGGCAGUGCACGGCCGCAUCUUUGCGUUGCUCGUGAGCAUAUUGCUCAUCGAUGCCCUCUGGUUCGCCGCCAGUGUGAGCAUCUUCGGACCUGCCGGCACUUCCGUCGUGCUGCUCAUGACGUUUGAGUGCCUCACGCUCUUCCUGAGCACGGUGCAAACGGUGAUCAAGUACGUGGUGCACCUGAUCGACCUGGUCAGAAAGGACGAGUUCUGGGAGCUGCGCGGGUCCUACACCUUCUACGCCGAGUUCCUCACCGAAUCGCUGAUUCUCGUGGCCACCAUCGGCCACUACAUCCACAUCCUCUACCUCCACGGCCUGUCGUUCACCCUCAUCCACGUCGUGCUCUUCCUGCACAUGCGUCUGGCCUUCCAGGGACUGCGGAUCAAGAUCGCGGCCUGGUCGCGCUACAGACAGAUGAACGCCGACCUAAACACUCGCUAUCCUAGCGUCAGCGCCGACGAGCUGGCGCAGUACAACGACUCCUGUGCCAUCUGCCUGACCCACCUAUCUGCGUCGGCUAAGAAGCUUCCCUGCGGUCACAUCUUUCACACACAGCCGCUGGGCACGCCGCCCGCCGCCACUGCCGCCGCCCGCGACCACCAGCCCGGGUCUGGGUCGGAAUACCUCAUGGGGCAGUUUCACCACGGCGACGUCGUUGCCGGCGACGAGGAACACGACGACGGGGCAGCUGCCCCGCACCACCCCACUACGCCGCACACAGCGCCGCAGACCCAGGCGGCACAGUUUCAGCUCAACACUGCCGCGGGCGGUCUCUUUGAUUGGCUGCCCGGCUUUCGGGUGCAGGUCGUGCGCCGCCCGCGAGUGCCGUUGAUGGCCACCGCCCCCGAGGAGUGGGUGCGAGCGGUGCAGGAGAUCUUUCCUCACGUCCCGUCAGAGUCGAUCGCCGCCGACCUACGAUACACGCGCUCCGUCGAUGCCACGAUCGACAACGUCCUCCACAACCGCGCAUCACCGCCGCCGCCCGAAUCCCCGGCCUCUGCCGAGCCGAAUCUGCCAACCACCACUACCACCCCGUCAGCGCCAUCAGCGCCAUCAUCGCCCUCACUGUCAUCGCUGUCGCCAGCGGCCGGCGCAAGCAGGGAGGUGGACCAAACCGAUGACACAGACGAGGUCUCCUCCACGCGCCGUCGUGACGCCUUCACACAGAGUACACACGAGUGA